UCCAGUGUGCUAUGAUGUGACGUCCCUGGUCCGUUGCCCCCAAGCUUUCCACAGCUUGCCCUCCACCCCUCCCCUACACACACAUCCCCUGGAUGCAGCACGUCGGCCCUUUGCUCUGUUAAUCCCGUGAACACUCACUACGAUCUGCCUGUAUGCUCUGCUCUACUCUUGAGCUCUGAUGAUCCAACAAAUGAAUGACAGGACACCUCACUCUGAGAAGACACCAAAAUUCUGUCCGGGAUUAUAACACUGCUGUGAACGUCAUCAGAUCAGAGCCCAUUAAUUGUGUGCUGGGGCUCCACUGGACUCAGUUGGGCCAGUUGAGUAUGAGGUGCCAUGCCUGCACCGUGACUUUCCUCCUGCCUGUUGCUCUUUACCUCUGUCUGGCCCCUGUGUGUUGGGCUGCUGCGCUCCCUAGUUCCUGUGGCGUCAUCUACAAGAGCUUUGCUCAGUGUCUCCUCACUCUGGGGGACAGUCUGGGUGACACACAGAAAGAGCAGAGCACACAGGACAUUGACACAAUCUGCAGAUCAUGGGAUGCCUUCCAUGUGUGUGCGAAUGCGGCACUUGCCAGUUGUCCUGGAGACGCAGCGGCUGUGUGGGAGUCUCUGAGGCAAGAGUCCAGGAAGACCCAGUUUUCUGGAAACCUCUAUGACAUGUGUGCCAGCCGCACCACACUGGCACCCAAUACAGUGCCCGUGCCACCCUCCCAGAGGCCACCAACGUCAGACCAGACCAAUCAAGAAACUCUAAAAGGGUACACGCAUCACCUUGGACCCGCCUACACCACGCUUCUGCUCUCAGCAUGCAUCUCUCUACUGUUCCUGCUCAGGAUGUAGCCCUGGCCUCCCUCAGACUGCUAUAGGUUCUCUGUGAGCCUUGUGUUUAAAUGGACUGAGCAUGAAAUUAACCAACACACACUUGUAAAAAAACCUCACUCCAACACACACAAGCACACUCCAAAAUGCAUACCUCCUCCAACACGCAUCCACACACACACAUAAAUGCAAGAAAACCCUCCCAAGCGUUAUGGACAUCAUUAUUAUGCAUAUUAUGUAAAAUAGAGUUUCUAUGUCAACCUCUCUGUGCAAUUGUCUGUAUACCACCUAUCAUUUAUAAGAGGGAAGUACUGACAUUACUGAUACAGCUCUAUAAUCUACAUGUUGGGUGAACUCUGUUUUUAUAUGUGACAUGUGUAGUGGGGCAAUAUUUGAUACAUGUAUGUAUGCAUAUAUUAUAUAUACCUCACAUGCAACUUGUAAAUAAGACUAAGCAAUAAGCCCAUUAACUGAAUUAUCUGACUUCAGAAGAGAAAUAACAAUAUGCAAAAGACUAUAGUUAAACCAUGUGCAAUCAAGUAUUAUGCUGACUUAUAUCAAGGAACUGUCACGAGAAGUGAAUAUCAAAGCAAGUAUUACUUAAUAACUUCAUGCAAUGAAUGGAUUCACAUACAAGACAUAAAGCUUAAGUUACAAAGCAUUAGCAAGCAUUCUAGGCAUGGUCAGAGAGAGAGACAAAGAAACCAUAGCUUGAGCCAUGGCACAUAGCUCAUGGGAGAGGGAGAAAACAAGAAAGAAAGACGAAGUAUCUCACCAUCUCAUCAUAAGAGUUCACCUGUACAAAAUGUAUUUUACUCAGCCACCAGCUGACUAAGUCCCUAUAUUCCCCAAUCAUUGAUUCAUGCAUUGCCUGUGUGGGCACUGGGCACGGAAUAGCCACCACACACAUUGUGCCUGUGGACAUAUUAUGUAAUGAUUCAUCAGAAUGUAAAAAUGAUAUCAGAAGCUGCACUUCACUUACAUGUUUGUCUUCAUAGUUUCAUGUGAGGUUGCUCAGAGCAGUUGCUUUAAGGGGUGCAUGCUUUGUUUCAUUAAAUUGUAAGAUGUGAAAUCAGACACACAUCUGAUUAAUCCAGAUAGUUAAAUUGAAUAAUAAUUCAUGCAUUCAUUUGUAAUAAAAUAUAUUA